AAGUAUCCUGAGUUUUCCAAGUUGGAAAUGAAUUAAAACGUAUUUUAAGAUAGCGAGAGAGCCAAUUGUGCUAAAACAUAGUAGCUUGCUACCUCCGUGUUUGAGGCUUGAGGAGAGGGCACCCCAAGAGGAGCUCUACGAUAAGGAUACUAAGACCGUGACAGCUGACGUUUGAGGGCUUUCCAUGUGCCAGGCUCCUUACAAGAACGGCCUCAUUUAUCUAAAUAUCACCAUUUUCAGAUAAGACAAUUGAGCCUCGGAGCUGCCUGUAGUUGCCCAGCUAAUAUUUAGGGACUGCAGAGGUUGCGCUCUUGAUUGAGGGACUAGAAGUGUGUUCUACAAGGAAGCGGGGGACUUCGUUCCAACAGCGCCGAAACCCGAGCGCCCCAUCCGCAGCCCCUCCGCGGCUGGGUGACUUCCUUUUAGACCCCAGUGAAGCUCCCAGCGGAACCCGCCCACCCCGCCGGCUAGUCUGGAGUAGCGCUCGCGAUUGGCCCCGAUCACCGCCGCGGUCCCGCCCCCUCGUUGCCGAGGUUCCGAUUGGGUGAGGCUCACGAAGCUCCGCCCCCCGGCGGCCGGAGCAGCCGGAAGCUAGCAUGGCGGUCGCCGGGUCCGCGGCUACAGACUUAGAGGUGGUCCGGGGCAAGCGCGCCGCCCUCUUCUUCGCUGCGGUGGCCAUCGUGCUGGGGCUGCCUCUCUGGUGGAAGACCACGGAGACCUACCGGGCUUCGUUGCCUUACUCCCAGAUCAGUGGACUGAAUGCCCUGCAGCUCCGCCUCAUGGUGCCUGUCACUGUCGUGUUUACGCGGGAGUCAGUGCCCCUGGACGACCAGGAGAAGCUGCCCUUCACCGUUGUGCAUGAAAGAGAGAUUCCUCUGAAAUACAAAAUGAAAAUCAAAUGCCGUUUCCAGAAGGCCUAUCGGAGGGCUUUGGACCAUGAGGAGGAGGCCCUGUCAUCGGGCAGUGUACAAGAGGCAGAAGUCAUGUUAGAUGAGCCUCAGGAGCAAGCGGAGGGCUCCCUGACUGUGUAUGUGAUCUCUGAACACUCCUCACUUCUUCCCCAGGACAUGAUGAGCUACAUUGGGCCCAAGAGGACAGCAGUGGUACGGGGGAUAAUGCACCGGGAGGCCUUUAACAUCAUUGGCCGCCGCAUAGUCCAGGUGGCCCAGGCCAUGUCUUUGACUGAGGACGUGCUUGCUGCUGCUCUGGCUGACCACCUUCCAGAGGACAAGUGGAGCGCUGAGAAGAGGCGGCCUCUCAAGUCCAGCUUGGGCUAUGAGAUCACCUUCAGUUUACUCAACCCAGACCCCAAGUCCCAUGACGUCCACUGGGACAUUGAGGGAGCUGUGCGGCGCUAUGUGCAACCUUUCCUGAAUGCCCUCAGUGCCGCUGGCAACUUCUCUGUGGACUCUCAGAUUCUUUACUAUGCAAUGUUGGGAGUGAACCCCCGCUUUGACUCAGCUUCCUCCAGCUACUAUUUGGACAUGCACAACCUCCCCCAUGUCAUCAAUCCAGUGGAGUCCCGGCUGGGAUCCAGUGCUGCCUCCUUGUACCCUGUGCUCAACUUUCUACUCUACGUGCCUGAGCUUGCACACUCACCGCUGUACAUUCAGGACAAGGAUGGCGCUCCAGUGGCCACCAAUGCCUUCCACAGUCCUCGCUGGGGUGGCAUUAUGGUAUAUAAUGUCGACCCCAAAACCUAUAAUGCCUCAGUGCUGCCAGUGAGAGUCAAGGUGGACAUGGUGCGAGUGAUGGAGGUGUUCCUGGCACAGUUGCGGUUGCUCUUUGGGAUUGCUCAGCCCCAGGUGCCUCCAAAAUGCCUGCUUUCAGGGCCUAAGAGUGUAGGGCUAAUGACCUGGGAGCUAGACCGGCUGCUCUGGGCUCGGUCAGUGGAGAAUCUGGCCACAGCCACCACCACCCUCACCUCCCUGGCACAGCUUCUGGGGAAGAUCAGCAACAUUGUCAUUAAGGACGAUGUGGCAUCUGAGGUAUACAGGGCUGUAGCUGCAGUCCAGAAGUCGGCAGAAGAGUUGGCCUCUGGGCACCUGGCAUCUGCCUUUGUCGCCAGCCAGGAAGCUGUGACGUCCUCUGAGCGUGCCUUUUUUGACCCGUCACUCCUCCACCUCCUUUAUUUCCCUGAUGACCAGAAAUUUGCCAUCUACAUCCCACUCUUCCUGCCUAUGGCUGUGCCCAUCCUCCUGUCCCUGGUCAAGAUCUUCCUGGAGACCCACAAGUCCUGGAAAAAGCCUGAGAAGACAGACUGAGCAGGGCAGCUCCUCCAUAGGAAGCCUUCCUUUUUGGCCAAGGUGGGCGGUGUUAGAUUGAGAGGCACGUACAUGGGGCCUGCCGGAAUGACUUAAAUAUUUGUCUCCAGUCUCCACUAGUGGCUCUCCAGCAACCAAAGUACAACACUCCAAGAUGGGUUCAUCUUUUCUUCCUUUCCCAUUCCCCUGGCUCAGUCCUCCUCCACCACCAGGGGCCCCCAAAGGCACAUCAUCCGGGUCUCCUUAUCUUGUUUGAUAAGGCUGCUCCCUGUCUCCCUCUGUGGCAUGGACUGUUUGUUCUUUUGCCCUAUUUCUCAACAUAGCACACUCAUGCACUGAGAGGAGGGAGCAUUAUGGGAAAGUCCCUCCCUUCCACUCUCCUCUCUAACCCCUGUGGGAGAGCCCUAGUCCCUGCCGUCAUGAAGGUGUCAGGCAUUGGUUACCUCUGGGACCUUCUCCCUCACUCCCCUCCCUCCUAGCUAGCUUUGUCUGUCAGGUACAGUCUGGUGGAAGUCCAGGAGGCAGCAGCUCAGGACGUGGUGUUGGGGGUGUGUGUGUGUGUGUGUGUGUGUGUGUGUGUGAGUCAGAGGUUCCAGAAGGUUCCAGAUUUGGAAUCAAAGAGUCCUGAAUUCAAAUCCUUAUUUUUGCACUUAUUGUCUGGAGAGCUUUGGAUAAGCUGUUGAAUAUCUCUGAGCCUCAGUUUUUCAUUCAUUCAAAUGGCACCGAUGAUGUCUCCCUUACAAGGUGGUUGUGAGGAUUAAAUGUGAUCAGCAUGUAACGUGUCUAGUGUAUAUUAGGCUCUUAAUAAACACUGGCUGAAUAUGAAUUGGAAUGAUA